UGAUCUUCAUGUUGGUCUAAACGACAAAUAUCGCAGUAUGAGCUAAUCUAUAGUCGUAAUAAACAAAACAGAAGCGAUAAAGCAACCUUUCAUGACCCUCAGUACCUCAGUAGAAACAAGAGAAUAAAGUUGUGUUAAGGGUCGCGCAUUAAGUGUAUGUAUAUUAAAUAAGCUGUGAUGAGCAUUCUAAGUAAAGUUAUCCGGCAUAAACAGUUAUCUUUAAAAUCUUACAACAUAAUUGUGAGAGCAAUGUCUGUUUCUAAGUCUGAAUUUUUGAUAAACAGCCAGCAGUAUUCGUUUUUGAAAGAACUGGGUUUACAAGAGACGAAUUUAGGCGUGUACGAUGGUAAAUGGAAGGGAUCGGGACAGGUUGUACAGUCAAUAUGUCCAAGCAAUGGGAAAGUGUUAGCAGAGGUAAGUCAAGGAAAUUUGAGCGAUUACGAGUCUUGUGUGAAAGCAUCGACCGAAGCAUGGCAAAUUUGGGCAGAACUACCAGCUCCAAGAAGAGGAGAAAUUGUCAGACAAAUUGGGGAUGCUCUCAGAGACAAGCUAGUGCCUUUGGGGAAACUUGUGUCAGCAGAAAUGGGAAAAAUAUUGUCUGAGGGUAUAGGCGAGGUUCAAGAAUACGUGGACAUUUGCGACUAUGCAGUGGGACUUUCAAGAACAUUAGCUGGUGCUAUACUACCAUCUGAAAGACCAGGGCACGUGCUAAUAGAGAAAUGGAAUCCACUUGGACUUAUCGGAGUUAUUUCUGCAUUCAACUUCCCCAUUGCCGUGUAUGGGUGGAACAGUGCUAUUGCUAUGGUUUGUGGAGACACAGUGCUUUGGAAAGGUUCAGAAACCACUCCCUUGGUGUCUGUAGUAACUACCAAGAUUGUGGCUGACGUGUUAGAAAGAAAUAAGUUGCCAGGAGCAAUAGCUGCAUUGUGUUGUGGUGGUGCCGAUAUUGGUAAGGCAAUGGCAGCCGACAGCAGGUUGAAGCUGUUAUCAUUCACUGGAAGUACACACAUUGGACAACAGGUCGGAGUGGAAAUCCAAAAACGUUUCGGGAAACACUUGCUUGAACUUGGAGGUAAUAAUGCUCUCAUUGUAGCUGAUGAUGCUGAUCUUAAUAUGGUGGUACAGGCUACAUUAUUUGCCUGUGUAGGAACUGCAGGCCAGAGAUGUACCACGACUAGGCGCCUCAUUUUACACAAAAACGUCCAUGAUGAAGUGUUAGGAAGAUUGAAGAAAGCAUAUAGCCAAGUACUGAAUAGGAUUGGUGAUGCCCUGGAAAGCAAUACACUAGUUGGUCCACUACAUAGUCAGCUGUCACUGCAAAAAUAUAAACAUACCAUUGAUGAAAUCAAAAAGCAGGGAGGUACCAUUGAAUUUGGAGGAAAGGUUUUAGACAAACCAGGCUAUUUCGUAGAACCCACGAUAGUAACAGGAUUAAAACAUGAUCAUCCACUUGUACAUAGUGAGUGCUUUGCUCCAAUUGUUUACAUAUUGAAAACUGAAAGUGUUCAGGAAGCCAUCACUUGGAACAAUGAAGUGCCCCAAGGAUUGUCUUCUAGUGUAUUCACUCAGAAUCUUGGAGCCAUAUUUGAGUGGAUUGGUCCGAAAGGUUCAGACUGCGGUAUAGUCAACGUUAACAUUCCCACAUCUGGAGCAGAAAUCGGAGGUGCAUUUGGCGGAGAAAAGGCAACCGGAGGAGGCAGAGAAUCCGGAAGUGACGCAUGGAAACAGUACAUGAGAAGGUCCACCGUCACCAUCAACCAUUCCAAAGACCUGCCAUUAGCUCAAGGAAUUAAAUUUGAAUAAAGAUUGUGUGUUUAACAUUUUUCUCAAAAACAUUAGGUUAUUCUUUAACAUCACAAGAAUUUUCAAACGCCAUAUUAGCAAAUUCAAAAUAGAAAUGCGAAUGUCUAUAAAUCUUCCAGGUAUAGACUGGAAUUUCAAAAAUAUGCUCUGGAAGAUAUAUAUGAACAAGUGUUCAAAUAAGCAUAGAUUUUUAUCAUAAACGAUAAAUUGCAUGAAUUAGUAAUACACUGUACAUAAUUUUUUUAACCAAAAUUUUGGUACGAAAAAACGUCGUGGGUUAAAAUAUGAAAUUCGAGAAAUGGUGUUUUAUGUUCCUAUCCCUUCCAGCGUUGCCGGAUAAAUAAAAUAUAAUAAAAAAUAGUAGGCCGCAAAAGGAUGGAAAAAAUCCCCAUUUUUUGUGUUGUUCUUUAUUUUAUGGUAGAGGUUGAACUGGGUUUUUACAAAGAACCUCAUAGAUAUCAGCAUUUUUUCACUUUUGUUGCAAUGCAUAUCACAAUUUAUAAAUAAAGUGUCGUUUACGAUAAAAUAUAUUUGCUUUAAUAAUUUACAAUAAUCAUCUAACAAUAUCAUAUUGUACAAUUAAUCAUAUUUACAAAGUAAUGAUAUAAAAUAUUUAAUAAGGACCGAAAAGUGUAUAAUGAAAUCUUAUUGGGCAUUAUAUUAAAAAUAAUCCGAAUCAGGUAAAUUAGAUAAAGAAACAACUAUCAAUAAAUUCAUUGCGACGUCAUCCAUACCAUACACACAAUAAUCAGGCAAUAAUUACCCCUAUCACAUACAUUUUAAGGAUUACAAAUAUAUGCAUUAUAGAAUAAAGCAGCUGUUAUUCCCAGAUCAUGCAGCACCAUUUCUGCUUCAGUAAACGUAUGGUUCAAGUGCAGUUUACAGCAAAUUUCUAUAGCGGAGGGAGGCGUUAAGCAAAAGCUGCAUAUCACCAGCUUAGCGCAAAUGCGUUUGAAGGUAUGUACAUGGUUCGGGGAGCUCAGAAGAAUCUACAUCGGUUAGUAACUUGUCCCUUACGACGUUUUCGUGGCGACUUAGCCCACUCAAUGCUAGUAACAACUGGUCAACUGCCAUUUAUCGGUUGAAGUGACAGACGAGAUUAUGCCAAAAACCCUAUUUUCGGGCUGAAAUUAAAAGCAUUUGCGAUAUGCUAGCGGUAGGCAACCAUCGCUUAACGUUUUUCUCUCUUCACAAACGAUGUUAAUGUUAAAAACUACAUCCGAUACGUGGGUUUAUCGAGUUGGAUAAAAUCUUAUGGAAUCUGAGCCCUAUAUAAUAUUACCGCAUUUUCUAUUCGUUUUCGCAGUUGUAUAGCAUAUUUACAUACACAUUUAGAAUCAAACUCUUUAUGUAAAACUUUUCGCUAGAUGCCACUUGAGGAUUAACAACUGUUUACGUCAAAUAGACGUCAGUACAACCCGUCAAAUAUAGCUAGAGACUUGGUCUUCCCGAUACUACGCUAGUAUUUCGUGACAACUGGACGCAAGGUGUUAUACAGUCUGCGACAAAAACUAUUCUGUUGAGUUUCUUUUUCCUGUACUGGAAGGAAGUUGUUACUGAUUUGAGUGUUUAAAUAAUUAACAUGGAUUUUCAAUCAAGAUUAAAAGGCAAAGUUUUGUCUGGACAAACGAGGGAGGUUAUAGCGAAUGUAAUCUUUUUUAUGCAGCGAGAAGCGAUACAAAAUCAGCCUAUUAAGGAUUUAAAAAAAGUACAGGAGCGCGCUGCCCUAGCUACGGGAGUAAGCUUAAGCACUAUAAAACGGAUCUCUCGUGAAAUGAAAAAUGUGGAGGAAGGUGGUGCUACGUCAUUUUCGACGCCUAACAACAAACGAAUGAAAUGUGCCCCAAAAUCAAACUUGGAUGAUCUUGACAGAAGUCUACUUCGCGGUAUAAUAAUCAAUUUUUAUGUCACCGAAAAACGAGUCCCUACCUUGCGACACAUAACACACAAACUUAGAGAAAACAAUAUUUAUACAGGGUCACAUGAAACUUUGAGAAAAGUGAUGAGGGAUAUGGGAUUUCGAUGGAGGA